AUCGAAUAUUGUAAAACUUUAACAAAAAUGUAUGAAACGGUCUUGCUAUUUUUGAUGUGCAUCACACUGGCCAGAUGCAAAAACGUGUCCUGUAAUUUAAUUGGCACUUUUAAUGAUGAUCCACCUUUCGAUAAAAUGCCUUUGCCGGAAUGUUUGGAAUCGAUGGAAAUGAUGCCAAUGCAUAAAUUAUACACGAGGAAGAAUCCUGAUACGCAUGAAUUGCUAACGGAAAAAGAGAUACCAAAAGUGUUUGAUUUUGCAAAGAACACGAUCAUUGCCGUGCAUGGUUGGAACAGUGACAGUGAAUCAAAAUGGGUCUUAAAACUGAAACAAGUUUUGUUGAAAAAAGAAGACGUAAAUGUGAUUCUUCUGGAUUGGGAAUAUGGCGCCGACAACACAAUUUACCCACAAUCGGCUUCCAACACUCGAUCUGUCGGUGCAUACUCCGCUGUCGUGCUUGGCAAUCUUGUUGAGAAGCACAACUACCCAAAGAAUUACAUCUGGUGCAUCGGUCACAGUUUAGGAUCCCACGUAUGUGGUCACUUGGGAAUGAAGUUGAAAAUCAGACGUGUUACAGGAUUAGACCCUGCUGGUCCGUAUUUUGAAGGCGCUUCCAACGUGACAGUUGGAGUUAACCCAUCAUCAGCUGAUUUCGUCGACAUCAUUCACACGGACAACGUCCUUGGAACAACAAAAUCUCUAGGGCAUCUUGAUUUUUAUCCGAAUGGGGGAAAGCAGCAACCGGGAUGUAUAACCAAUUCAUGCAGUCACAGUUUGGCAACAACUUUCAUGAUUGAAUCCGUCGAGAACGAUUGUUUUAAUGUCUACAAAAACUGUACAGAUGUACACGACAUUCCUGAGUCAUGUAGUAACUGCAACGACGGAUUUUCCUGUGGUUCUAUGGGUUAUGCGGCAGAUAAUUCUUCAAUCAGAAUAGGUGUUCUUUAUUUAAAAACCAGCAAAAAGUCUCCUUAUUGUCAAAACAGUAACAAAAUCUUUCAUUCAAAUUCCAUAAUAAAUUCAAUUUUAGAUCAUCUAUAUUGAAAGGUUAGAAAUUUCGAUAAAAACUUUAAAUUAAAUUUUUCUUGAUUAAAUUAUUAUGGCAAAAAAUUAGAACAAACAAACUUUAA